AUGCUGCUCAAAAUAUGCCUACUCCUUUUUAGCGUGACAACAAUAGCCACAAAGGAUGCAGCGAGUGAAACAGUGGGACCCGUAUUCAUCUUUGGGGAUUCAAUAGUAGAUGUUGGCACAAACAACUAUCUCAAAAACUGCACCGCACAAGUCAAUCACCCAUAUUACGGGGUCGAUUAUCCACAUUCAAUAGCAACCGGAAGGUUCAGUAAUGGCUUAAACCCUGCCGAUACUGUCGUCGCACUUUUAGGUGGCUACAAAGAAAGUCCGCCGCCAUUUCUUGCACUCCUUGCACACAGUUCCAACCUUACGGGAGACUUACUUCAUGGGGUGAACUUUGCUUCCGGAGGUGCUGCCCUUGUUAAAGGAGUUAGGAAACAAGUUGUGGGGAAUGUGGUAUCGUUAGAAGAGCAAAUUCAGCAAUUUGCAACCGUUCAAGGAAACAUAACCACAUUACUAGGCAAGUCAAAAGGUCAACUUCUAAUUCAUGGUUCAAUGUACAUCAUUUGUGUUGGAAGCAAUGACAUCGUGAACUACGUAUUCUCCCAUCCUACAACUCCCGAGGUCUUCAUUGCCAACAUUACAGACAUCUACGCUAUUCAUCUAAAGAACUUAUAUAACCUAGGAGCAAGAAAGUUUGGAAUAAUGGGUGUUCCACCACUUGGAUGUUGUCCGAUUUCUCGUGCAUUUUCUGGUGGUGAUUGUGCAAAGGAACUUAACGAUGUGGCUAGUGCGUUCUACACAACAUUAGAAUCCCUUUUGAAAAACUUGAGCUCUACACUUGAAGGAUUCAAGUACUCACUUGGGAACUCAUACAAUAUGACUAUGAGUGUCAUUGAAAACCCCCCAACUGGGUUUAAAGAUGUUAAAACACCAUGUUGUGGGAAUCAACCAUUAGCAGGAAUAAAUGACUGCAAGGAAGGAGAGUAUCUUUGCCCAAAAAGGGAUGAUCACUUGUUUUGGGAUGCGUUUCAUCCAUCUGAGGCAGCCUCCAAACUGGCGGCUCGAGUGUUGGUUUUUGGUGAAGAUCCGAAUUUUGUGACUCCAAUCAAUUUUAGCAGUUUGAGAAAGGCUUGA